ACCAUCAUAAAAGGUUCAUGGGCAUUCUAGUAUUCUAAUUCCUAAUUCUUCGAGAGACCGUGCAAUCGUGGGAUCUGGUUGUUACUACAGGAUCUUUGCUCUUUAGCUUCUGUCGGACAGAGUAUGACGUAGGAGCAACUUUGCAGGACAUCUCUACACAUUUCCUAUAUCUUUGCAGAUCAUAAUUUCGAAUUAACAACAAAGCAACCCUUUUCAGAUUCGAUUGGGGGGAGCCAACAAUAUCAGCCCCACAAAUGAUCUCCUAAACUGAGAGCAUUGGCAGGAGGCAUCUUGGGGUCCUUGCUCUCCUCAACAGUUGUUAGCCAUGACAACUUCCUCCCCAAGGUUCACGUGGUGUGACUGUGGCAAACACAAGAUUCCUGUCAAAGACACCCAUGAGCUGUGCCUUCACUGUCUGGGCAUCCAACAUGCCAAUGAGGCUGUGCUGGAGUAUGGCAAAUGCCCCCAGUGCUCCAAGAUGGACUGGAGCACCUGCAUCAACCGCCUCACCAAAGUUCAGAAGAUAAUGCACCGUGAAAGCCAGCAGAGGACGCACAAGGCAGCACAGUCUGAAGUUCAGCCCAAGCCUGAGACCACCUCCGCUCCCAUCAAGGAACCAAAACCGGAGGAAGACCCAGUCCCCACUCUGCCCCCACCUCGGCUCUCUACUACCACAUCUGUCUAUUCGUCCACCAUGCCAGUGUUGUUCACCAUUCUCUCCCCGCCCCCAGCACAGACAGGGCCCAAUUCCAGCUUCCCAAAAGACACGUUCCUCACAACUUGCUAUUCAGCAGUCAGCUGACUCCACCCCAUCCAUGAGCCAAUCAGGUUCCCACAUGCUGACUUCCAGCUCCCGCAAACGACACCAUUUCUCAUCAUGCUGCUCCAAGCACUCCAAACGGAGCCGCAGUAGCCACCGGCGGAGGCGCUCUCCAUCCUCCUCGUCUUCCUCCUCCUACUGGACCUCUGAUGAAGAUGGAUUCUGCCCCUCGGGAAAGUGGAGGAGGUCUCAGAGGGAGUCGCGGCAGGCUGUCCGGUCAGAGAGGAGACAUGGGGAGGUGGUUCAACAGAGACUAGAGGCCCAGCAACAGGCCAUCCAGCUACAGUGGGCCAUUCUGGAGAAGCGCAUUGAGGCUCUGGAGAGGAAAGGUGCAGAAGCUGUUGUGUCGUUCCCCACUUCAGCCCAAACUAUACAUCUUCAUGCCUCCAUCCCUAAGGCAUCCACCUGCUCUCAGGAAAGCGAGCAGAGAGACUUAUCUGGCUCUGUCAGCAAGCAGCUGGUGACUGAAUCUAUCUCCCGUAACAUUGUGAAGCAGGAAGAGGAGCCUUCCUCCAUCACAUCUGCCAUGAGACCUCUCAGUGAUGGAGAUGGUGAAGGGGAGGAUGCCUCUCUGUCAACUGUAGCCCCCUGUAGCUCAGUUGGUAGAGCAUGGCGCUUGCAACGCCAGGGUUGUGGGUUCGUUUCCCACGGGGGGCCAGUAUGA